AUGCCACCAGCAGACUCCUCCGCCCUGAUAGUAGCCCGCUUCCUCAAAUCAAACCACUACACCAACUCAUACGAUGCCUUCAUCAACGAAGCCGGUCUGCCCGCCUCUGCAGGCGAUGUGGGCAAGGGCGAUUUGACGCUAGAGACACUGCUGGAGGAGAAGAAGACGUUUGAUGUUAGUGUAAGGUAUGAGAAGUUGGGGAGUGAGGAUGGGGAGGGGAAGGGGUGGGCAAGGCCUGCUCCGUCUAAAGCGAUGGCGGUGACGACUUUGCCUUCCAAGUCGAAUCUUCUGAGCACGAGUGUGGAGCUCUUCGACGAGGCUGGCACUCCACAGCCACUUCUCCUCGUCACAUCCGCGGACCGUCGACUACACAUCCUCGAUGUCCCCGCGUGCUCGCUCCGCGCCUCUCUCCCCGCCGUCCAGGACUCUCCCAUCCUUUCCUGCGCAGUCCUCAAUAAGCACACCCUCCUCACAACCUCCAUGUCCGGCCAACUAGUAGCGAGCAACCUCUCAGGCGACAUCCUAGCCUCCCGCCGCGACCACAGCAAAUACGUCGUCAAAGUGGCCGUGUAUCCCAGCCCUACACCCGGCACCCCAACACUCAUCGCAACAGCAGGUUGGGACAACAAGAUCAACAUCUACGUCCUCCCCAACGACACCUCACCCCUCACCUCCCUCCCUGAACCCCACACCACCAUCCCCCUGCAAUCGAAACCCGAAUCCCUCCUCUUCCUCCCCCACCCGGACAACCCCUCUGAACCCCUCCUCCUCCUCUCCCGCACAGACUCCAACCACCUGUACUACUACACAACCGGCACUACAACCACCACCAACGAAAGCCCCCGCCUCCUCGGAACCCAAAACCUCGCCCCGCACUCCAACGCCUGGAUAGCCUUCACCCCCACCUCCCUAGCCCUGCACCCACACGACCCAAGCCUCCUAGCAGCAGGCACCAACUCCCUCCCCCACAUGAAACUGCUCAUAAUCCGCCUUCUCGUCCCCCCCUUGACAACACCCACAAUCGCCGCGCCCCUAACGCAAGCCUCGCAAGCGCGCGCCGCGCUCGCGAUCGCGGAUAAAGAGUCUGCGGCGAUCUUGAUCCACGCGAACACGCUGGCGCCGCAGACGCCGUAUUCUACGCCUGCGAUUGCGUGGCGGCCGGAUGGAAGCGGCGUGUGGGUUAAUGGGGAUGAUGGGGUUGUUAGAGGGGUGGAGGCGGGGACGGGAAAGGUGGUGGCGAUGUUGAAGGGGGAGGACGGGGGGCAUGAGGAGGGGAGUAAGGUGCGGUGUUUGUGGGCGGGGAUGGUUGGAGAGGAAGAGUGGUUGGUUAGUGGGGGGUUUGAUCAGAAAUUGGUGGUGUGGAAGGUAGAUGCUCCUUGA